CGCCACGACGGAACUAUUUUACUGAUGCACACAGAAAACUAAGCAUGGCGUCGGGUCACCUGAGUAGGCUAAGUGGUUUGUUAACGCAAAUUUAUUGCAGAAUUACACCGCGCUAUGCACAAAUUGCAGCUUGUUUGGUGCCAGUUCGACAAAAGUCCGGAGUUGAUGCGUCUUCAGUUGAGGGUCCCAACUGUACGGUGGAAAUUGGUGUGACUUCAGAUGAGAAAACCAUAGUGUGUUACCAUCCUGCUGCCGAUGUUCCUUAUGAACUCACCCAGCCUAUAGAACGGCCAGACCCCUUGACCACCCCAGCAGAGACCCAUGAUCAGGUUUUAAAGGCCCACCUCAGCAAGGAGGUUUUGAAGGACAAAGAGGGACCCACUAUAGAGGAGCUGAGCAAGAUGUUUUUCACCACUAAACACAGAUUUUAUCCAGUAGGACAGUAUCACAAGAGACGCAUCAAGAACAACCCUCCAAAAGACAGAUAGUUGAAGUUAAUGUCAAAUCAUGCUUGUCUGGUUACUCUAAUGUAAAAUAAAAAAAUAUAUAUA